AGCUAAAACUUGUGCCAUGAAGGAAAAAAGUAAAAAUGCUGCUCGCACCAGACGUGAAAAAGAGAACACAGAAUUCUUCGAACUGGCAAAAUUACUACCAUUACCAAGUGCAAUUACAUCUCAAUUAGACAAAGCUUCGAUCAUAAGAUUGACGACGUCUUAUUUGAAAAUGCGACAAGUCUUUCCAAAUGGUUUAGGUGAGGCAUGGGGCUCUUCACCUGCAAUGCAACGUAGUGGUGCUGUUAUUAAAGAGUUAGGUUCACAUUUGCUGCAGACAUUGGAUGGUUUCAUAUUUGUUGUAGCACCGGAUGGCAAAAUUAUGUAUAUCUCAGAAACAGCUUCAGUGCAUCUGGGUUUGAGUCAGGUCGAAUUAACCGGAAAUUCAAUAUACGAAUAUAUACACAAUUACGAUCAAGAUGAAAUGAAUAGUAUUUUAUCACUGCAUCCACAUAUGUACCAAAACCCCGAUGCUUUUAUAAAUUCUCUGCAUCUCAAUCAACCACCUAAUGGACCUCCGGGCACAAUUGGCAGUUCGAAUGGUAUAUAUCUGAAUGAACGAGCUUCGCAUACGAUCGAGAUUGAGAAAACUUUUUUCCUGCGCAUGAAAUGUGUUUUAGCAAAACGAAAUGCCGGCCUUACUUCAUCGGGUUAUAAGGUAAUACAUUGUUCAAGUUAUCUGAAAGCGCGUAUAUUUCCUGACUGUGGUGAUGGUCAAGGUGGUUGCAUACAAAAUUUAGGAUUAGUUGCCGUUGGUCACUCGCUGCCUUCAUCUGCGAUAACAGAAAUUAAACUACAUCAGAAUAUGUUCAUGUUUCGAGCUAGUAUGGACUUAAAAUUAAUAUUUCUUGAUGCUAGAGUAUCACAACUUACUGGUUAUGAACCGCAGGACCUUAUUGAAAAAACGCUGUAUCAGUAUAUACAUGUCUCGGAUAUAUUGUAUAUGCGUUGCUCCCAUCAGAUAUUGAUGUAUAAAGGACAAGUAACCACCAAAUAUUAUCGUUUCCUAACAAAGGGCGGCGGCUGGGUUUGGGUGCAAUCCUAUGCGACUGUUGUACAUAAUACACGCUCAUCUCGUCCACAUUGCAUUGUCAGUGUGAAUUAUGUCCUUAGUGAACAAGAGGCCAAAGACUUACUUUUAAAUGAAAUUCAAACGGGCAUAGUUAAAACGGAACCAAUCACUCCUACCGCAAGUAUAACACCAACCUUACAUGCAGUACACUCAACUCCAUCACAUUCUGUGGUUAUGAGUAAUGGAUUAGCAGCAGCUAGUGUCGUACCAAAUACGCUGAGUUGCAGUCCUAAGCUGGAAGCUUGUUACGAAGCAGCUGGACGUUUACCGAAUGCUGUAACACCAGUAUUAGCCAGUAAUAGCAAUGGAAGCAAUAACAAUAACAGUUACUUACCGCAAACCCAUCAACAUAUACAACACGCCCACCACGCUGCGCACAUACAUACGCACCCACUGCAUCCACAAGAAACAGUUGGACAUGAAAAUCUAAGCUAUACACAGCUAUAUCCUGUUAAUGAUCUCGUAGUUAGUUCCAGUAGUAGUACGUUAACACACGAUAUACAAUUUCCUGACACUACAACAGGUAGUGGCUACUACGGUAAUACCAAUAAUAAUAAUAAUCCAUAUUAUUAUGAUGCAACUGUGGAUGUGGCGAAUGCUUCUAUUAUACGACCAUAUUCCGCAAAUUCGAAUAGUUGUUCUAGUAGUUCGGAGAGUGAUCGACAAAUGUCCACCGGGAAUGCCUCCACGGUGAACGACACAUCACCGCAAACUACAUACAGUGAACUAAGUCAUAAUUUUGAAUUAAAUUAUUUCUCCGAUAGUAGUUCACACCAGCAUACACAUCACGCCCCGCAGCAUUAUUCACACGCCCAUCAACACACGUCACAUGAUAUGCAACAGCACAUAGCAAGCAAUCAUACCGCAACACCACAUCAGCAACAUCACCACCAACUACAUCAUCAUACACAACAACAACAGCAGCAGCAACCCGAACAACAUCAUCCGCACGUUGUGGCCAACAGUUUCGCGGAUAGCUUUAAGAACGUCAACGGACCCCAUUACACCAGCGUCAUUGUGGAGCCCCAGCACUAUAUAGCCAAUGAUUUUGUGCAUUAGCAGCUGCUGUUCCCCUGCAGAAGCCUUUAGUGUUCAUAUAAAUAUUAUAUUAAUACGUUGUUGUUGUUGCAAUGCUAGAUUUUAGUUUGUUCGUACAUGGCUGAGCCAUUUUUAUUUUUGAAAU